GUGUGUUCUUGUAAAAGAAACAAUUUAAAAAGUGACAUGAAAGUACUCUCAUGACGAAAAAAGAGAUUAGGAGGGAUAGAAAGUUGUUGCGAACGUUAAUUGUGGUGACAGGCCUUUGAAAAUUCACCUGAUCAGCUGGCGCUGAUCGGCUCUGUGUAUCAUAGACAUAAUGGACGUGCACUCCCUUACAAGUGUAAAUUAUAUACUUUUCUAUUGUCUAUUGUUAAUCCCAGGAACCCUUGCUGCUAAAACAAGAUGUGAGAUAUGCAGGGAUGUUGACAAGAAUUUUCACGAGGGAUUAAAGAAAACAGCUAAGUCUAACUUUGGAGGAGGCAAUACAAAGUGGGAAGAAAAAAGUUUAGGAAAAUACAGAUAUAGUGAAACAAGAUUGGUGGAAGUCAUUGAAAAUUUGUGUGAAAAUAGUGAAAAAGAAUGUCAUACAUUUGUCGAGGAACAUGAGGAAUUAGUUGAGAAAUUCUGGCAUUCCAUUUUUGCAAAGGACAAAGGGCCAGAUUUCUUUCUGUGGCUCUGUAUUGACAAUGUUAAAGUUUGCUGUCCAGAGAACACAUAUGGCCCUAACUGUAAAUCAUGUCCUGGGGGGACCAAGUCUCCGUGUGGAGGAAAUGGAAAGUGUGAUGGAGCGGGCACCAGAAGUGGGAAGGGCACCUGUUCUUGUGAUGCUGGUUACCAAGGUGACAUGUGUGACAGCUGUUCUGAUGGACAUUAUGAGGAAGUCAAGAAUGAAACUCACACCCUUUGUAAAGCCUGUGAUACGUCCUGUAAAUCUACUUGUUGGGAGGCUGGACCUAAAGGAUGCGAUGAAUGUAAUGUAGGCUGGAAGGCAUCAGAGGAAGAAGGAUGUAUAGAUGUGGAUGAGUGUGUCAGUGACAGUGUUAAUUGUUCUGAAGAUGAAUACUGCUCUAAUACUGUGGGAUCAUUUUAUUGUGGAAAAUGCCACACAGCAUGUAAAGGCUGUACCCAGUACGGUCCAGAUAAAUGUAAAGAGUGCUCGGACGGGUAUAAAUUGAUAGACAAUACCUGCACAGAUGUUGAUGAAUGUGUUGAGGAUAGCAGUCUGUGUGCUGGAGAAAACCGACAGUGUGUAAACAGCCCAGGGAGUUACUCCUGUACAUGUAACGAGGGUUAUGUAGAACAAGAGGACAAGUGUGUCCCUAAACCAAAAGAUAUACCCAAGAAGUCAAAAAAGAAGAAAAUAAAAUCAAAAAGUGUAUGGUCCAAGAUUUAUACUUUUGCUACAAAAGCUUCUAUGUUAAACUUUUUCUUGGUUUUACUUAUCUUUGUUGUGAUUGGUCGGUUCUUCAAAGGGGAGGUGUUAGUAAUCCUUAUAUUGUCGGUGUUGUAUCUCCAGUAUUUAUUAUGGUUUUCAUCUAAAAGUGAGAAAUCCUGAUUGUUACUGAUAUUAUAUUGUUUUUCAUAUUACUUUAUAUGUGACAGAUCUCAAGUUUCAUUUCUGUGUUCUUAUUACAUGUGUACGAGUGUAUGUACACCCUGUUCAUUUGUAUGUGCUGUGUUCAUGUAAAAAUAAAUCGUAUACAGAUUUUUCAUUAGAUGAUGAUUGUUAAUUCAUGUUUGGGAGA